UCUCUCUUCCUCUCGCUCCCUCUGUGUCUUCUCCUCCCACACUGCUACACAACUCGAAGCGACCACACGGUAGCAGACAACAUCAGUUGUUGUCCGUGUGACUGUGUAGGCCGGAUUCAGCAAUACACACAAUAGUGAGGUAUGCAGCAUGAGAACGGGGGUCGACCAUUUCCUAGUUCCAUGGUGCAUCCUGGCCACUUUCGGCUACAGCACAUCCGUCAUGGUAGCGGAAGACACCAGAAAUCCUGAUUUCCCGCCAGAGAAGCGAACCCUGCUCGACAAAUUCGUCAACGACUUGAUUGUAUGUCGAAAAUUACCCGGUUUGACACUGUCUUUGGUUGGAGGUGGCCGUAAUCUUUUUGCCAGAGGUUAUGGCUUGAAGGAACUGACCAAAUUCGAACCUGUUACUAACGAAACUCUAUUCUGUAUCGGUUCACUGACCAAAGGAUUCACCGCUACGAUACUGGCCAUGCUUGUCGGCGAAAACGAUAGUUUGACAUGGGACACACCAGUCCAAGAGAUAUUAGGUAAAGAUUUCCAACUGUGUGAUGAACAUCGGAGCAAAUAUGUUAAUAUUCGGGACCUGCUUGCACACAAAACAGGAAUACCCGGUUACUUCGGUGCCCUUACCACUGGAAUUUUUGGAAAAACCGAGGAUAUAGUGCGGCGGCUCCGUUAUUUGAAACCUUAUAAGAAGUUUCAUUCUGCUUAUGUGUAUAACAAUUACAUGUAUAUUCUUGCCGGUUACAUAGCUGAAAUAUUAACUGGUCAAAGCUGGAAAGAACUAGUUCAGCAGCGAAUAUUCAAGCCGCUUGCCAUGGCCUCAUCUGUAUUUGCCGACGAUGUUUUAGACUGGAGAAAAUUUGCUCUUCCUUACGUUUCCAUAAAUGAUGAAUUUAUUCCUUUAAACACUACACUACUCAAAUCGCUUGGACCUGCAGGGCCAUCCGGAACCAUAUGCUCCAAUUCAAUAGAUAUGCAGAAAUGGCUCCAGUUUCAGCUAAGCGGGGGUUUGGACAUGCGAGGUCAUCGGCUCGUGAGCCAGAAAGAGUUCCAGGAAUUACAUACGCCGCAGAUACCAACACCCAUGCCUCUAGGUCGGAAACUACUGAAGCAACCUGCCUUUCCCAUAUCCGAAGGGCGGUUUGCCUAUGAUUUAGGCUGGAGCUCAGGAAUAUACAGAGGUUUUCAUAACGUCCAGCACAACGGCAGGAUAUUUGGAUAUGAUUCCUUAAUAUGGUUAUUCCCAGACAAUAACGUGGCGAUAUUCAGCAGUGUUAACGGUCCAAUGAACACACAUUCUAAGAAUGCAUUAAGAGUCAUACAUCACUACGCCGCAGAUUUGCUGCUUGGACAAGAAGCUUGGCUCAAUCAAUCCAGUUCGUGCACAUUUCCAGAUCCAUGGUUACAGAAUUAUAAUAAAACAAAACACAGGAAAAAAUCCGGUCGGGUUAUGGUUGCACAGAAAUCAUCUUCCCUACCAAAGAAUGACGCCGAUGCAUUCCACCGUCGGUGGAGAUCAAGGCAGCAUAAGAAAAAAAAUCGGUUUCCCGACUUACAGAGGUAUCAGCGGCCACUGUCAGAGUAUGUCGGUAUUUAUGGAAAUCCUGCUUUUGGUAACAUUACUAUUUAUUUGAACUCAUCCACACAACAACUCUACCUGGCACACGGCAAAUUUGGGAACGGUAUUCUUCUACCAACUAAUAAAAUUGAUAAAUUUCAUAUGAGAUUCCAAGGACUACUACGAUACUUGAGCGAAGCAGAUGGUUGGGCCAUGGAGUUUCCAAUUAUUUUUCAAAGUGCAAAAGACGAUUCUAGUAAAAUAGACUUUCUUUAUGCCCACUUCAUCGAGAAAACCGUUCCACCGUUGUUUCAACGUGGCGCUUCCUGGCAGGAUUUUGUCCCUUCGCCGUCUUACCCAAACGCAAAGUUCUGUCCCAACAAUUUGUCACGUUUGAUACCAGCUUGUUCUGUCAUAUCUAUCGUUUUGUCUUUGUUGCCCGUUUUAAUUAUAUUUUUCUAAAGUAAACUCUGUACAUUCCAUGAACAAAAGAUAAAAGAGCAAAAAAGAAAAAAAAUAUAGCAGAAAAAAAAAACUAAUGA